AUGGAUAUUUACAAUUAGAAAUAUCAUGCAAUUCAGUAUCGAUUGGUUUGUACUCUCAAGAUCCUCCAUAUUACUUCACUUCUUUUCAGAUAUUUAAAAAUUUACAUGCUAGAGAGGAGAGUAUAAAAACAUGAUGACACUUGUGUUUAUGUGAUGCUCAAAUUGAUUAGUAUAAUAUUGAGGCAGGCGAGUAAUGCUAAAUAAAGAACCAAUUAAUAAUGGAUGAAGUGA